AUGACGAAGUUGAUCUCUAGGACGUUCCCGUCCGUGAAGCUUCGCGAUUACAACCCUAACCCUAAAGCUCCGAUCAAUCUUCGAACCCAAUUUCAGAUUUCAUCGUCUUCCUCGCAAGAGAACUCGAAGAUCCCCAAUCCCAAACCCUGGUGCGUUUAUCUCAUUCUCUCUACCAACCAACCCAUCAAAACAUAUGUUGGCAUCACCACCGAUUUCGCUCGCCGAUUAAAGCAGCACAAUGGUGAAAUCAGAGGCGGUGCAAAAGCUUCAAGUGCAGGAAGACCUUGGCUUUGUGCCUGUAUCAUCAAUGGAUUCACUUGUCUUAGCCAAGCUUCGUCCUUUGAAGCAAAAUGGAAGAUGUUUUCAAGAAAGUUACCGAGGAGGAAGAAAAACGAGGAGAUGAAUCAGAGUGAUGCUUUGCUGCAACACCGGAAGAGAGCCUUGGAUAAAGUCCAGGACUCAGUAGAAUGCAGUCACCUUGAAAUCGAUUGGAAAAUAUUCUAA